AUGACAUCCGUUCAGCCCUCUUCACGGCCCGUGAAGCUUAAUGACCUCGAUCAGGUCGACCACCACCUCCUCACCGCAGAAGAUGCCAAGCUUCUCCAAGAGACCCUGGGGCAUAGCUUAAGCCAGCAGAAACGAAGCUUCAGGUUUCAAGAACAUGAGAUCGCUCGCAAAGCAAAUACUUUCAAAAGCCUGGAAUCAGAGUCAACUCAGUUCCAUGGCUUCUUUGUGUUAUUCUGGUUGGGGGUUGCCUUGAUGCUGCUCAAAGUAGCAGCCAACAACUGGAGAAUCUACGGUAGGAUUCAGGGAAAGAAUGAGAUUGUCCGCCUUAUGCUGGAUAAGGAUGUCUUGGUUCUUGGGUUGACAGAUCUGACCCUUUGCUGGUCAACGGUAUUCUGUCUUCUGUUGCAACGAGGCAUACUGAAGGGGUACCUGCGUUGGGAUGGUCUUGGUUGGGUGAUCCAAAAUGUAUGUGAGACUGGCCAUACUCUGGGGUUGCACAUGACUGACCUCAGAACUUUACAGAUCUGGCAAACUUUUUACCUCGGAGCGGUUACAUGGUGGUCGUACCAUCGUGACUGGCCAUGGACACAUACCGUCUUCAUCGUGUUGCACUGCCUGACCAUGUUGAUGAAACAGCAUAGCUACGCAGCAUACAAUGGCUACCUGUCCGAGCUAUAUCACAAGAGAAAUACGCUGAGAAAAAGACUUGGCCAACUAAACCCAAACCAGGCCAAGGCUCCAGAGCCAGGGCAUAACUCUUCAGCUCAUGAUUGGAAUGCCGAUAUCACAGACUCCAAGAAAAGCGACGUUCGCCAGCGUUCUUCCAACCUUCAGAAAUUCUCAGAGUCCCAGGAGACUGAUCAAAUCUUAUCUCUGAUUGAGACCAUCGACAAGAGCGUGCCACUAGAACCAAACCAAGUGUCAUCCUUCCGCGAGUUGAUCGAACAAGAGAUCGAGGUAUUAACCGAGGGACUCAAGGGUCGUUGUUCCCAAACAAACAACCACUACCCACGCAAUCUAACAAUCAGGAAUUUUUCUGACUUCAUCUCACUACCUACAUUGGUAUACGAGCUUGAGUAUGCGCGCACAAAAAGCAUCAACUGGCUCUAUGUAGCCGAGAAGACAGCAGCCACAUUCGGCAUCAUCGUUGUUAUGAUCGCAGUCUCCCAAUCAUGGAUUUAUCCCGUGGUGGUGCACACAAUGCAGAUGAAAGAAGACGGCCUAACUGUACAACAGCGACUCCAAGAAUUCCCCUGGGUUCUCAGUGACCUACUGUUCCCAUUCAUGAUGGAAUACUUGCUAGCCUUCUACGUGAUCUGGGAAUGUGUGGUAAGUACUCCAAACAACCCCCCAUCCCAUACCUUACCUCAUAUUCAGAACCACGGACACAACACAGUAUCCACUAACCUCACCCAGCUCAACGCCCUAGCCGAAAUAACCAUGUUCGCAGACCGCAACUUCUACUCAGACUGGUGGAAUUCAAUCUCAUGGGAUCAAUUCGCCCGAGACUGGAACCGACCCGUCCACAACUUCCUCUUCCGCCAUGUAUACCACAGCUCCAUCAGUGCAUACCGUCUAUCCCGUGUCUCAGCCAGCCUGAUCACUUUCCUCCUUUCUGCAUGUGUGCACGAGUUAAUCAUGUUAUGCAUUUUCCGUCGGUUGAGGGGGUAUCUGCUUAUUCUGCAGAUGUCGCAACUCCCGCUUGUUGCGCUGAGUAGGACGCGUCUUAUGCGUGGACGUCGCUUGCUGGGGAAUAUCUUCUUUUGGCUUGGCAUUUUUACGGCGCCGAGUUUGCUGUGCAGUUUGUAUUUGAUCAUUUGA